GCUGCUGCAGGAGGAGCAGGAGACUGACGUCACUCUGUGUGUGGGUUCUGCUUUUCAGCUGAAGGCCCACAGGGCGGUGCUGCUGGCCCGAGCUCCUCACCUCCUGCAGGGAACCGAAGCAACUACACCUGUCAUCCACCUGCAGGGGAUUGAACCUGCAGCCCUCAAGGACUUUAUACAAAAGGUGUACACAGAAGACAAGUGCCUGGUGAAGGAGAAUAGCACCUUAAAUAUACACAACAGCCACUCGCUGGUAGUGAACGGCACUGCUGUAGACGGCCAUGAUGUUGACUCUCAGGUCAGCUCUGACCCAGGUUUAGAGCAUUUAGGGCCAGCAUCAGGGCUUGGGACAGAUCUUUUGGCUCUGUAUCAGAGGGCUGAUAUGUCUGACAUCAGCAUCCGGGUGGCAGAUAGAGUCUUUUCAGCACACAG